AUGUCAUUAUUCGGUAGUGAAUUUAACUAUAUCAUUGAGCUACAAGACAAGCUAUCGCAAAUAGACGAUGUUCAAAUACAGUUAGACUUCCCGCACAUUGUGGUCAUCGGUAGCCAAUCAUCGGGCAAAUCCAGUGUCCUCGAGAGGAUUGUCGGCGAGGAUUUCAUACCGCGCGGAACCGACACAGUCACCCGUCGACCGCUGCAAUUGCAUCUAAACAAUAGCGAGAAGUACGGAGUGUUUUCGCACCGACCGAAUGAUUCAUUUGAAGAUUUCACACAAAUUCACAAUGAAAUUGAAAGCCAGACUAAAGAGUUAAUAAAAGGAAAUAAAUUUUCAAAUGCACCGAUCACAUUGACGUUAUAUGGCCCCGAUCUAGUCGAUUUGACGCUAAUUGAUUUACCGGGCAUCACACUUGUCUCAUCGGAGGAGGAUAACAAUAAUGUUGAAAAGAUGACCAAGGAUAUUUGCAUGGAAUAUAUAAAAAAGGAAAAUUGUUUAAUAUUAGCCGUUUCGGGAGCUAAUCAAGAUAUACAAAACUCACCGGCAAUUCAGCUAGCUCGUACAGUGGAUAAAGAGGGCGAUAGGACAAUUGGUGUGCUAACGAAGCUCGAUAUCAUGGAUGCCGGAACACACGCAAAAAAGCUACUGAAUAAUAAGCACAAAAUUAAAUUGAAGCACGGUUUUAUCGGGGUUAUGAAUCGGAGUCAACAAAGUAUUAACGAUAAAGUUAACAUAAGGGACGCGUUGGAGCAAGAGCAAAUGUUUUUCAAAAAUUCCGAUAUAUACCAGGAUAUCGCAUCGAAAAAUGGAAUAACGUAUCUGAAACAAUUUUUACACAAUGUACUCAAGGAGCAUCUUAGUAAAACGUUGCCUCAAUACUUGAAAGGUAUCCUGGAUAAGUACCAGGAGUUGAAGGAUGAAAUUGACAGUUUACCGUUCCCUCAAAAUGAGGAUGAACAAAUGGAGGAACUGUUUAAUAUACUUGGACAGUUUGACACCGAGUUCAAGCGCGAAAUAGGCGGCUCAUUAAUGACCUAUCAGGACGAUCGCAAAACGCGAGGUAUUAAUAUCAGGCAAAUAAUGCACGAAAAUUACGGCGAGACAAUUGAUUUACUCACAUAUAACGAGGAAGAAAUGGAGAAUCACAUCAAAACCGCUGAAAACAAUACAUGUGCCGCUGAGGAGUUGUAUUGA